UAUGAGGUGCAGUGUUUUAGUACAAACUGCUCUCGUCUUUAUUUUUUAGUAUGUAGAGAUAGUGACAUGGUGUGAUAAGGCUUCCUGUUUUUUGGGAGGGAUCAUUAUGCUCUUUGAGAGCCCUCUUAAGCAUGCUGAAGAGAAGUGUCGCAAAAUACCUCCAACUUCAGUACAGUAACCUUUGCUGGUGGACAAAUGUAGCCAUGGUAGGAAGACCGCACCUGGAAUUGUUGUAGAUGACUGUGUGCUUCCCUUCAUGCCGUCCUUCGUGUGCUGGUCCCUCUGUUUCAGCAAGCCUGGAGUUAAACAGGACCUCUGAAGUCUUCAGGUAUAUAGAGAUUUUACAAGUUUGAGGCAUGAGGACAAACAGGAUUUUCCAAAUGAUUCAGAUAGAGAGAUUCAUAUAUUAUCAGUUAAAAUUGUGUUGGAAACAAAGUUCACAUUUUUGAAGCCUAUCUCUGAGAUUCACGUCUUUUAAUCACACAAGUAUCUGAAGGCCCUAGGCUCCCAAGAUACUUGAUGCUGGACCUGGCAGUGUCCCUGCACAAAUAAGCAGUGGAAUGUAGGCUUCCCUGGGAGUGAAGAGGAUUGGAUAGAAGAUAAAGGGGUUUUCCUCUGCAGUGGGAAUCUGUUCUAGGGAAGCUUUUCUGUUUUGCAGAAAAUUAAGGCAAAAACUUUGUCACAUGUAUGCUGACUGCUACUCAGUAGUUAAGGUCUUGACCUUAUCUUGAAUUAUUGGCAGGUAUAAGCAUUAGUUAUGUAAAAAUACUGUUUUUUAGUCAACUGCCUUCCAUACAGCCUGUGUUCUGCUUUCUUUCUGUGUGUUUGUUACUUCUGACUGUUCUUGAUGCAAGUAUUGAUGGUCUUUGCAUGGUUUAUGGUGGCAAAUAAAUAUGAUUGGAAAAUCUAAGUUUCCAGAAUUCUUUUUAAGCCUUGAUAAAAAUAAGCUGUAUAGAAGGCAUUAAAAGCCUUCCUUUACAGUAAUCAAAACAAUUAUUCAAAUUGGAAAUUUGACUCUAAGGAUACCUUAUCAGACUGAGAUGGAAACAAAAUUCACUGAAACAAAAUUCAAUUCAUGUCUCACAAAAGUAGGAUUUAACUGGAAUAUGAAGUAUCUGGUUUGUGUUUUACAGCAGAUGCUAAAGGAGACCAGAACUUUCACACAAAUAAUGUCUGAAUCGUACACGUACCUGUAUUGUUUUAUUACUUUGUCUUUGCUGCCAUCAGGCUUUACCAUGCUCCGAGCCUUUAGUCACACAAAUGGUAGGUGUGUGUUCCACUACACCAAGUGUUGGCAUCAUCGUAAGUCUGUGCUGGCAAUCAGGAGGGAAGAUGUCAAUGCAUGGGAAAGAAGAGCACCUCUAGCACCAAAGCAUGUUAAGGAGUUGACAAAGAUGGGAUACAAGGUCUUGGUGCAGCCAUCAAACCGGAGAGCCAUCCAUGAAAAGGAAUAUGUCAAAGCAGGUGCCAUUAUUCAAGAAGAUAUUUCUGAGGCUUCUCUGAUAAUAGGUGUGAAGAGACCUCCAGAGGAUAAAUUAAUCCCCAAAAAGAACUAUGCCUUCUUCUCUCACACUAUUAAAGCCCAAGAGGCAAACAUGCCCCUUUUGGAUGAGAUUUUAAGACAGGAAAUUCGACUGUUUGACUAUGAAAAAAUGGUUGAUCAUAAAGGAAUGCGAGUUGUGGCCUUUGGAAAGUGGGCUGGUGUAGCAGGAAUGAUCAACAUUCUACAUGGAUUGGGUUUACGAUUUUUAGCUCUGGGUCAUCACACUCCCUUCAUGCACAUUGGGAUGGCACAUAACUACAGGAAUAGCAGUCAGGCUGUGCAGGCAGUACGGGAUGCUGGGUAUGAAAUUUCACUGGGACUGAUGCCAAAGUCAGUGGGGCCCUUAACGUUUGUGUUUACAGGCACUGGUAAUGUUUCCAAGGGUGCUCAAGAAAUGUUCAGUGCUCUCCCAUGUGAGUUUGUGGAACCUCAUGAGUUAAAGGAAGUUUCCAGAUCUGGAGACCUUAGGAAAGUCUAUGGAACAGUAUUAAGUCGUCACCAUCAUCUUGUAAGGAAACGUGAUGGACAGUAUGAUCCAGUAGACUAUGAUAAACAUCCAGAAAAUUACAUUUCUCGCUUUCACAUUGAUAUUGCACCCUACACAACUUGUUUAAUUAAUGGCAUAUACUGGGAACAAAAUAGUCCUCGCUUGCUGAGUCGGCAGGACACUCAGAAGCUGCUGGUGCCAGUUAAAUCUGCUGCUGGUGGAAUGGAUGGCUGUCCUGAAUUACCACACAGACUUCUGGCCAUAUGUGACAUUUCAGCAGAUACUGGAGGAUCUAUAGAAUUUAUGACUGAGUGUACAACAAUUGACAACCCAUUUUGUAUGUAUGAUGCUGACCAGCAUAUUACUCAUGACAGUGUUGAAGGCUCAGGGAUUCUGAUGUGUUCCAUUGACAAUCUGCCAGCUCAGCUUCCUAUAGAAGCAACAGAGUACUUUGGGGAUAUGCUUUUCCCUUAUAUUGAGGAGAUGCUAUUAUCAGAAGGCUCAGAACCUCUUGAGAAACAGAAUUACUCACCUGUUGUUCGAAAUGCAGUGAUUGCAUCCAAUGGCACGCUGACACCUAAGUAUCAAUAUAUCCAGAAACUGAGAGAGAGCAGGGAACAGGCUGAGUCACUGAAGAUGAGUGUUGAGAAGAGGGUUUUAUUGCUUGGAUCUGGCUAUGUUUCUGGCCCUGUGCUUGAAUAUCUCACUAGAGAUUCCAACGUUGACAUCACAAUUGUAUCUGUCAUGAAGGAGCAACUUGAACAAUUGACAAAGAAGUACAGAAAUGUUACUCCAGUUCAUAUGGAUGUCCUUAAACAUGAGGAAAAGCUGUCCUCUUUGGUGAAAAAACACGACCUUGUGAUCAGUUUGCUGCCUUAUUCAGCACAUCCUUUCGUUGCUAAGAAAUGUAUUGACAACAAAGUGAACUUGGUAACAGCCAGCUACUUAACACCAGCCAUGAAAGAACUUCAGGAAGGUGCAGAAGCUGCUGGUAUUACAGUUAUCAGUGAAAUGGGCUUGGAUCCUGGUCUUGAUCACAUGUUGGCGAUGGAAUGUAUUGACAAGGCAAAAGAAGUUGGUGCUACGGUUAUAUCGUACACUUCUUUCUGCGGUGGCCUACCAGCUCCAGAGCACUCUGACAAUCCUCUGAGAUACAAGUUCAGCUGGAGUCCACAAGGAGUGCUGCUGAAUACAGUUCAGUCUGCUACAUAUUUAAAAGAUGGAGAGAUUAUCAAUAUUCCACCUGGAGGAGCGUUACUGGAUUCUGUUACUCCAAUGGAUUUUUUCCCAGGAUUAAACCUGGAAGGUUUUCCUAACAGAGACAGUACAAAAUAUGCUGAGCCAUAUGGUAUUCAGACAGCUCGCACUUUACUGAGAGGCACCUUAAGAUAUAAAGGAUACUCCAGAGCUAUGGGGGGCUUUGUAAAACUAGGGUUAAUUAACCCAGAUCCUUAUCCUUUGCUAAGCUCAACUGCGCCACCUCUAACCUGGAAAGAGCUCAUGUGCAAACUGGUUGGAAUUAAGUCACCUGCUGAGCACCAUGUUCUUAAAGAAGCUGUAUUUAGCAAACUGGAGAAGGACAAAAGUCAGCUGGAAGCAGUGGAAUGGUUAGGUUUAUUGGGAGAUGAACUGGUUCCAGCGGCAGAUUCCAUUGUAGGGGCUCUUGCAAAGCACAUGGAGAUGAAGCUGCCCUUUGGCACUGGAGAGAGAGAUAUGAUUGUUAUGAGAAGUGAAAUAGGUCUCAGGCAUCCUUCUGGCCAUUUGGAAGACAAAUUUAUUGAUCUGGUUGUCUAUGGGGAUAACAAAGGACAUUCUGCAAUGGCUAAAACAGUAGGAUACCCCACAGCUAUUGCUGCUAAAAUGGUUCUAGAUGGUGAAAUAACUGCCAAAGGCAUGGUCAUACCUUUGACAAAGAAUGUUUACGGGCCAAUACUUGAACGUGUUCGGGCAGAAGGCAUUAUGUACAGUACUCGCAGCAUUAUCAAACAGUAAUUGAAAGCAGUGGAUUUAAUCA